AUGGGCAUACCUGUGCUGUGCACAGUUGACCCGGCUGCAAGUUGUCUCAGGGUGUGUCUCCCACACAGGUCUGUCCACAUCCUCUGCGGGUUCAUCGCUGGGCUGGAGUCUGAGUUUAUGGAGACGCUCUCUGAUGAGGAAGUGCUCCUGUCUCUGACCCAAGUGCUUCGCAGGGUGACAGGAAAUGCCAGGCUCCCUGCGCCCAGGAGCAUGCUGCGCUCCUGCUGGUACAGCGCCCCGUACACCAGGGGCUCCUACAGCUACGUGGCUGUGGGCAGCACCGGGGAUGACAUCGACCUGCUGGCGCAGCCCCUGCCUGAGGAGGGCGCGAAGGCGCAGCUCCAGAUACUGUUUGCAGGGGAAGCCACACAUCGGACAUUUUACUCCACCACGCACGGGGCUCUGCUGUCUGGCUGGAGGGAGGCCGACCGGCUCAUCGCUCUGCAGGACCCCCAGGCGCAGCUGCCGGGGCCCUGGCUCUGAGCCCUGCUCCUACCAUUUUGAGCCCAGCACUGCCCCUCCAGUGCCGGGGGGGUGGGGGGUGGUGGGGAGGGUGACAUCAUCCUUUCCUCUGACAGUGUCUGGCCUGGCUUGAGAUUUGGGGAUGUUAAUGACAGCCUGCCUUUUUUGGUGACUGGGGGCAGCUCUGAUUUUUCAUGUCACUGAGUCUGGCCAGGGCCCAGCUUGAGCUGAGUGCGAGGUCUUCUUGGAGAAAUGAGACACGGGACAACACCACUGCUGCUGAGGGCAUGCAUAUAAAGUUGUUAAAGCCUC